AUGCAAAAUAUUAAGCUUGAUUUCUAAGAGAGAUUAAAUCAAAAAUUAUAAUUAUAAUAAAUUGAAUUAUCAUCAUAAUUUGAAUAGAAAGUCUAAUCAUUUGGAGAAAAAGCAAAAAUUAAAUUAAUGAAUACUAUACAAUAAGAGGAUUAAUGUUUAUAGCAAUUCAAUAAUUUAGUUAAUGAAAAAGCAUAAUUAUAACAAUAAUUAGAAAAUAAAUAAGCUUAAAAUGAAUAAAUACAAUAGGAGAAGGUUGAAUUAGAAGCAUCUUAUCAAAAUUUACUAUAAAUGCAUAACUAAUUAUUAUAGGUUGAUAUGUCAUAGAAUGAAUUAUCUUAAAGCAGAACUAAUGUUUUAGGUUUAUUGAACAAUUAUAAAUUAGAAUUAGAAUAAUUAAAAUUGGCAAAUGAGAAAAUAUAAAAAUAAAUGGGAGGAGAACUGGAUACUUUGAAAGUUGAUUUAUAAAAAUAGAAAUAAGAAAAUGAUUUUUUGAUGGAGAAAUUGAAAUGCUAAAGUUAAGAGUAAAUAGAAUGUGAUAAUUUGUUUAAUUAAUUAAUAUAAUAAAAAGCAAAAGAUGAUUAAAUAAAAAAAAAAAAAGUUAAAAGUAAAUAAAAUACAAAAUAAUAGAAAGCAAAAAUAUGUUAAAUAGAAAAAGAAUUGAAACGAUUGUAAGAAAUUGUAAAUACUAAAAUUCAAUAAAAAAAAUCUAAAUAAUAAUAAUAAUGA